GGAGGAGAUUUUAAGCCAAGAACGAAUCUAAUAGUCCAUAGCGAUACAACCCGACAUGACCAACCACAGAUUACCAUAAGUAAUUUAAUUGCCACUUUCACAUUCACAGCACUUGUUUAUCAUUCUAAAGCCUGUUUACUUUACACUGUGGCGUGCCUUCAUAAAAGCCGAUAUAUACCUAAAUUUAUUUCUGCCUUCGCUAAUUUUCUGUCAAGUGAUAAUGAUCGAAGAAAGAACUCACUUUCCACAUUCUCUCAAGAGACUUCAUUAGACUCGGCAAAACAGCAUUGACGUAAUGGUCGCGAGACAAACAACUUGGUGGGUGCUUUGUAAAGAAUUCAAAAGAAAACGAAAGCUUUACUUUUUAUUUGUCAGCCAGCGCUGUUUAGCGGAUUAAAAGUUGGAAAGAGCAUGCAUUAUUUAGUAACGACAUUGACAAUGAGUAAAUUGCGUUCACAGUCGAAACUGAGAAAACAUAAACAAAACCUCUGCUGUAAUUAGAUUUUAUCUUGAAGCGUUAGGGAGAGAGAUAGCCAAGCAUACCAGGCAAUGCGACUGUAUGUUAAUUUCCUUUCAUCUUAGCACAAAAGGUGAUACUUUACAUCAGCAUAUUGCUUCUCUGUUACGUAAAUUAGAAAUCACUUCAGCUUUCAAAAUACCUGGUGUACAUUACGCUGUCGAGAGAGACUUUGAAGCUUUCAAAGGCAUUGUAUGAAAUGCCAAGGUAGUGAAAUAAUCUAGUGAAAUGUUUACACACUUCAGAAGUACCGUCUGUUGGCAUUUGUAGGCUACAAACGAGACAGAAAAAUCAACGAAGGGAUUACAAGACUUUUCAGAGAUAUGAAAUUGACUAUCGGAGUUCACCGGAGCAGCUGAUUUCAAGGACAUUUGUGUUAUGGAAGGAAAAAAAGAUCAACAACUCGCCAAGAAGGUACGCUUUGAUCUGAACGAAGAGGUUUUUCUUAUUCCAAGCAAAUGGGAUCGCCUCAGCAAAUGCAAGACUACCAAUGCGAGAAUUAUUGACAGAAUGGCGAGUAAAAGUCGAACCAUCGUGGAUCGUCGAAUUGAUAUUAAGCGGGGUAAACAAAACAGAAACAGGAAAACGCAAGACGUCUUUGCCGCCGGCAAACCUUAUUCAAAUCCUGAACCAAAUGGAAGGUUUUCCGAAAACAACCGGCCGAAUUCUACGCCCGAUAUAAAGAGUAACAACGCCAGGAAGACUGUGCGGCAUAAAGAAGGUAACGAAAACACUAACAGCGGAAACUCAACAUCUCCGGUUGAAGGGAGACUAAAGCUGUAUCACCGUCCCCCUCAAGAAUUGCCAAAGCUGGACCUAGUGUUGCCUAAGGUACCUUACACGCCUGAUCUUAAGAACGCGAUCGAGAAAGCGCUUCAGAGGUCUCGAAGCAGGCCUACCCUGGACAUUGGACCGUUGGCUACACAAGAAAAGAACCCAGAACUUUCAACCUCUCAUCCCAAAGAUAAAACUGAGAAAAUGUUUCAAAGAAGGCUUUCGGACAGUUCUAUUAGAAUAGGGGAUGAAAAACCGAUGGAAAGAAAGCAAAACCAGGUCGGGGAAGCCAGCUCUAAAUUCAGCGAUCUUUCCUCUAAUAUUGAUGGUUGGAGCCCAUUUUCAGCAUGGAGCUCCAAAGACAGCACUAAUUUGCGUUCAGAUUCGACAGCACCUCUAACAAGAGGGAGAUCUAUGUCUUCCCUAAUACCAAGUAGUAUUCUAUAUUAACGUUAGUUAAAACGGCAGUUUACUGAAGUAACAUUGAGUGCUUCGAGCAUUUUGUACAUAUUAUGAUGAUAAAAGAGCAUUUGUUCUCUUUGUUAUGUACUCAGUAAGCCAGGACAUGGCGGGUUUGUGAACCUCAUGGAAAUUGUCUUCAUUGUUUAUAUUGCACGAAAAGUAUUUCAAAAUCAUUUUGAUGUAACAACAGUGCCAAGCAAAGUUACACGAUAGUUUAAACAGAAAGAAAAGUUAAAAAAGUUUAGUGAUCCAUCUAAAGCGUUACCUGGCAAAGUUUGAGAAGCCAGCUCGCUAUACAGCGAUGUUAAGGUAAAAAUAGAAUAAUAGUCGUUUAAUUUUUCAAAUUUUAGAAGAGCAGAGGUGUUUAAUCACAUGAUUAUAGUUAUUUACUUUAAACCAAAUUGUUGGCAACACACCGCCAUCCUUACUAUAUAGCGAUGGAUAUGGCAAUCGUUGUCGUUGUUGUUUUUCUUGUUGUUGUUAUCGAGCUCGAGGUCCUCAUCAUUAUCAUUAUCACCAUGGCAUUUUUACACUUUUCAAUGACUUAAAUUUUUCUUCGAUAAAAAUGAGAUGUGGCAAGAGAAGACUAACUUUAUGUUGGUUUGUAUAAUCGUGAAAUGAAAUGUUUGUUCAAAUCGAAGAUUUAUUUUGAAAUUCACUAGUUUAAAUAAUAGAUAAUUUUCUUCUGAUCUACAACGAAAUAGUGGUUAAUGUUGUCGAUCAUCAUAAAAGAUGAAAAAUUGUAAGGAAAAAUUUAAUGCAAAUGAUCAUGAAGUUGACUUUUUCUGAGUAAAACAAAUGUCCCAAGGUGUAAAAGGAAACUAUCUACAAAUAAAGAACGAAAAAAUCACUGUAAUCGAUCGUCGCUAUAGUGUCUCUGCCCGAGGCCGCGUGGGUAUGGAGACAAAGAACUGUCGAUCCGAGCCCACGGUUUCAUCACGACGUUGCUAAGUGACCUGAGACACUUGACGUCAGAAGAUGACGUAUCUUUUCCGGGAUCAGUUCACGCGAGAACUUUCUGUCUUGCUCUGCGCGCUUGUCUUUUAGUUGGGAUAAUGUAAAAGCAAUUACGUCUACGUGGAUUAGCUUAUGCUGGGCCACUCGUAUAUUUUCUUUGCGCGCUUAAUUCGGUUGUUGCGCGCCGAAUUGGGAAGAACAGAAACAUUGAACUGAAGAGGUUUUCCAGUCCUAGAAUUACAAGAGUAAUUUUCACCUGGUUCCUAUAAAUGACACUGUCAGAACACAGAGAAUUUAAGAUUUCGUGUAGUUCCUACUGCAACUGGAAAUUUAGUAACAAGCAAUUUUCCUCUACUCCCUGGAAAGCCAGGGGACUGGUGAAGAACAGACAACUACUACUCAGUCUGAGAAAAUAUCCAGGCGGAUACUCCAUCUUACGAUCGUAAUAUUAGGCAGAUCAGCGAAUAUUUUAAUUCAUCGCCACAUUUCCAGGAGAGGUAAGUGAAUAAAAGCUCAAUUAUCAGCCGCUCUUCAGGAAAAGAACCCGCGCUCAGAUUGCACUUGAAAGAUAGUCUGAAAUCUAUAGGCCUAUAGUAAAUAGUAAAACCUAGAACGGAAAUGAAAGGUUACUUGAGGGUCUUAAUUAAAGGGUCUUAAAUAGACGACUAUACAAUAGACGACUCCACGAAGCAAAAUAUUGACGCAGGUAAGGUUUUUGCUGCCACCAUUUCGCGAGGUACAGUUCGCAAGAAUUACACGACAAAUAAAAUUACUCUUGGAGAAGACUAUAUCGGGAAUGCGAUGAGACUGGGUCCCACCGCCUUUCCAAUCACACCACCGAUUCCGUUCAGUGAAUUUCCGGCUAGAAAUGCCAAGAGACCCUGCAAGAGUUUGGACCCAAAGCAGUUUGGCGUUUGGAGAAGCAAGCUGUAAAAUUUUGCCAGGAAGCUGAGGAGUUGAUUCGUCAGGUGUCAGAAAAUAGCGUCCAUAUUCAAUCGAAAAUAACAGAACGGCCAGAUACUUUUCUUCUUGGCGGAAAUCAUGGACCCGUUUCUUCCAAGGACUUCAAGAGCUUCGGAGAACCCUGGAACAUGCCAGAUGUUAAAUCCCUCGGAAAACCGGUUAGUAAAGACGUAUAUAACACCAAACCGGUUACAAGAUUUCCGUAUCUGAACCACAAGACAAAACCACAAACCAACGUAGGAUUGAGCUUACCCUCUUUCUCAGAACUUUCCUUACCCCAGCUCCUGUUGUCUGACGGGAACGGAACGCAGAGUCCAACUGCAAGGGCUGAUGGGAAAGGAGAAACUACAGACAAAACUGCGAGUAAACUCGCGCGAGUAAAACGGGAAGAGGGCACCAAUGGGAGACUUCUCUUCCAUUACUCGUACGGAUCAGCAAAGAAACUACCUUUGAAUUAAGCUGAACAGCAUUUGUCCGCGGUAGAGUUAAGGUCUUGGAAAAGGGCUAAAUAAAUGCUAUAAAUAGCAUCAAUUUAGUUAGCAGUCAUUUUUCCUUAAAAAAGUGACAUUACAUUUCGGAAAUACGAGUUUAUACCAUAUGUAACUACUUCAAAUCCAAUCAAUUUUUUGGCCUAAGAAUGUACCGUGAAAGGAUAAGUUAUGUUGCUAACUGAAACCCCUUGAUUAAUAAUCGUGUCUUAAGAACUUCACGAGAUGUUUCACACGCAAGUAAUUCAAGUCCAGUCAAAAUUGGCAUUAAGAGUGUCUCCUUAAAGAAUACAUCAUGUUGCUGCAUGUAAUUAAGCUGCAUCCUUGACCCGACAUCCCGGUCUGAGUCAAAUCCGCACGUAUAUGUAUUUAUACACGGCUCGUGUUGACAAACCCCACAAGUGGUUGCUUAUUACAUGAUAAAUGUCUUAUAUUCGGUUGAGCGGGGCAGCGAAUUAGAAUAUAAGAAGCGCUCUUUGCAUAUACCAGGUAGUGAAAGGGAGAAAAUUUUUUGUAUGUUUUUCUAGUAUUAAAUCAAGAAAGAUUCACGGAGACACAUGUUGCGUACGUUAAGAGGUGUGACAAUAAAAGAAGUUUACAUUCAUUCCAAGUUUUUUCUUGAUAUUACAUUUUUUCAGAGUAAGUGUCAUCUCCACUGACUUCUCAUCUAUCCGCACAGUUCUUCUUGCAGGUAGGAGACUGUUACUGCGUGCGCGGCUCAUCGUGUGUUGAUGUACAAGCGGAUUCUCAAAUAGUGUCGCAAGACCAAAACCAAAUCAAUUACUUACCAAUUAGACUACUCAGCCAAACUCAGACCAUAGUAAAACCAAAACCAAAGUAAUUCCCUUUUUACUUUCGGCCCUCAAUAGAAAACCGCUCCGAUGGCCAAUAAUUGGCCAAAAAACAAUUAUUGUUUCCUUUUCUAACUAAAGUGAGAAGCGUCAAUGUGUGGGCAUGCAUGAAGUAAGAUUGAAGACUACAAUAACUUUCCCCGCGACAGUAGUGUUUUAGUUCCAGAUGGCUGCGUCUACAGUCUUCCCUCGCCCAGUUUCGGACGAUUCUGCACGGCGGUAACACUAACAGGCCAAUCAGAAAAACAUAUUUAUGUACUUUUACCGUUUACGUUAACCAUCGGCGAACUACUUGUAAUAGUUUAUUUUAAUCAUUUUGAACUU